AUGUUUAACUAUCACACAAUAAUAAGCCCUCUUGACCAAUUUGAAAUAAGAAACUUGUUUAGCAUAGAUACACCUUUAUUAGCCAAUAUGAACCUAUCUAUUACUAAUAUAGGGUUAUAUAUGACAAUAGCUGCUUUUAUAGCUUUCUAUUUUAGUAUUUUAGCUACUAACCAUUCAAGAAUUACUCCAAACAAAUGAUCUUUAAGUCAAGAAACAUUAUAUGCAACAAUACACAGUAUUGUAGUAAACCAAAUUAAUAAUAAAAAUGGUCAAGUAUACUUUCCAUUUAUGUAUGCAUUAUUUAUUUUUAUUUUAAUUAAUAAUUUAAUAGGAAUGGUUCCUUAUAGUUUUGCAUCAACAUCUCAUUUUAUUUUAACAUUCUCACUUAGCUUUACUGUUGUAUUAGGUGCAACAGUAUUAGGAUUUAAAGAACAUGGAUUAAAAUUCUUUUCUUUAUUUGUUCCAGCUGGUUGUCCUUUAGGGUUAUUACCUUUAUUAGUUAUUAUCGAGACUAUUUCAUAUCUUGCUCGUAAUGUUUCUUUAGGGUUAAGAUUAGCUGCUAACGGACUUUCAGGACAUAUGUUACUAAAUAUACUUAGUGGUUUUACAUACAAUAUUAUGAGUUCUGGUAUUAUUUUCUUUAUAUUAGGAUUAUUACCAUUAGCCUUUAUAAUUGCCUUUUCUGGAUUAGAAUUAGGUAUUGCCUUUAUACAAUCUCAAGUGUUUGUAGUUCUAUCUUGUUCAUAUAUAAAAGAUGCAUUAGAAUUACAUUAG